GAGUUGAGAGAGAUGGAUAAGGCGAGAGUUAUGUCUUUGGUCUCUGCAAAUCUUGUGAGAGGCAGUUUCAUUUUAGGUUCAUCCAGGUUUAAGCCAUGGUCUACACGGCUAAUGACCGCGGCGAAAUCGGUUUCGUGUACUUCUAAGCCGGUUAGGGGGUUAACCAACUAUAGUACGGGGGUUCAUUUUGUUAGCCAAACCGGUCCACCGGAGAUUCAAUUUCCCGGUUCGGAGGAAGAGGUACCUUCACGGCCGAGUAGAGGACCAGAGUUGGCUCCAUUAGAAGUCCCGGAGCUUCCUAAUAUACCGGAGAUCAAACCGUCGGAAACUCCACCGGAAGUUACUACGGUUCCAAGUGAUCCACCACCGCUUGGACCGCCGCAGACACCCGGCCCCGAGUUUCCGGUUCCACCGUCUUCAUCUCCACCGAUGCCAGAUACUCCAAACCCUCCGACGCCAGAAUCACCACCUGAUGUGCCUCCAAAUUGGGAACCGCCUCGUCCACCGGAGAUUCAACCGCCAGGAAUCGACCCACCUCCGCCUCUAGGACCAACCAUCAUGUAGCUCUUAUAUGUUUCUGUCUAAAUUAGUUUUGUUUGCUUACAGUUUAUGUUUCCAGGGUUGAUCACAGUACACAAUAUGUUUUUCAUUUAUAACACAAUAAUAAGCAAAUAUGGUACAAAGCAA